AUGAAGGUCGGCAGAAGCCAAUCUAUUUAUACCAGUAGGAUAUUGCAAGGGUGGAUGUUAAAGCGUGAUGUUGAGCUUGCAAAAUAUAACACAAAGUUCGAAGUCAGAAGAGCUAUAAAAGCUCAAGAUUUGGCAAGUUUCAUACAAGAAUGUACGGUGGAAAAGAAGGUUGGCCAAUGGUUGGUCUAUGUAGACGGCUCCUCAACUAUUAGAGGGGUAGGUGUAGGGGCGUUGAUCAUAACUCCAAAGAAAGAUCACCUCAAGUUUGCCGUAAAGCUAUCAUUCACGACUUCGAAUAAUAAGGCGAAAUAUGAAGCACUGUUGGAGGGAAUUCAGGUUAAGGAAGAGUACGAAGCUAAAAACGAGAGAUGCAAAAGUAUAUGCCCGAAGUCUAGGUCAAUCACGUUGAUAGAAUUCCACUCAAGCAUCUUGGAUCAGGUGAUGGAGGUCGUAGAGCAAGAAGAUUGGAAGUCGCCACGGAGGUCCUAUGUAGGUCCACAUUUACAUUACAUGUCUGACCAAGAAGAAGAGUACGUCCUCAGGGAGGUUCACGAAGGACUGUGUAGCAAUCAAAUAAAGGCAAAAGCACUGAUGAGAAAGGUAUGGUACUUGAGAGUACUCGUGUUCGAUAAUGGAGCCCAAUUCAAGGGCCAAAAGAUAACGACUUGGAGUGAAGACAUUGGCAUAUCGCAACAUUUUGCCUCUGUGGCCCACCCUUAA